AUGUCUAUUAUGAAUACCUUCAUAAAUAAACAGAUGCAUUUUCUCAAGCUUCAAAUUCAACAUGGUGGUGAUAUACAUGAAAUGAUCUUAACAACGAAUUCCAAUGAUCCUACUGUUGAAGAACUUCUUAGACAUAUCGAAAAACAACUAAACAUUCCAAUGGACGAACAACAUGUCGUAUUCAAGGGACAAAGUUUACAUGAAAAUCCACAAGGAAAACUACGACGAUACGGCAUAACAAAUGCAACUCUCAUUCGUGUUGUUGGGCGUAAGCAACCAUUACGACGUUAA